AUGUUCUCGCGUGGUAGGGGAGCCAGCCGCGGCAUCCGGCGAGGCGGUUCCUCAGGCAGAGGCGGCAGGGGCGGAGGCCAUGCCGGCGGCGCUGGAGGGUACAGCGGACCGCCUGCGGAAGUGAUAGAGGCUGGAACAGUGUUACACGACUGCGAGGAGCAGCUAUUAGUCAAGAGCACGCUGCAGUCAGCUGUGCCCUACUUCAACGGGCGCAUAUUCCUGGCCAACAAGCAGGAAGUCGGGAAGGUCGACGAAAUCCUGGGCCCGGUCAACGAUUACUACUUCACGGUCACCCUGUUGACCGGAUUCAAGGCGCGAUCAUUCGAGCCCAACUCCGCUUUGUACAUCGACCCGCAGCAGACGCUGCCAGUGUCGCGUUUCCUGACCAAGCCCGCCACCGCGCAACCGAAGAAGCGGGUCAUCAAGGACAAGUCCUUCAAAAAACAAGGAGCCACUCGGGGCGGCAGAGGUGGCCGCGGAGGCUCAUUCGGCGCAGGAAGGGGGACUUCUACGUCCUUCCGAGGGGGUAUAUCGCGAGGCCGAGGCGGGAGCUUCAGAGGCCGCGGUGGCUAA